AUGGGUUUGAAGGUUGAGUCCAGCACCAGAUUUAGAGCCUCACUUGGAGUUCCCAACUCACAACGUUGUGCAACUGGGGGUUUGCCGCAUUGCAAGCCCCACCGGAUGCAAAUCCAAGCCCUGAGGUCUUUCUUUGGGUGGCUCUCCCGCCGUCCGACGGCCGAACGUGUGCCUUUGGAGCGAUUAGCCGUCGAUGAAAAUUGGUGGAAUCAGUCCCAAGUCGUUGCGAAUGAUCCACCAGCGGACAAAACGGUUGUGAAUAAUGAAUGCCUGCAGGCACUUGACACGAUCAUUGGUGGUUGGUGCAGUCUUGGUUGCUUCCUGUCUUCACACUUUGAUCAAAUCUCCAUGUUGCAGUACUUAUUUGGCACUGAGACUCUGAGCAACUUUCCUUUUCCAAAUGUGGGUUCCGAAUGUCUUGGAAUUCGGGACCAGGUUUCACCCGUGGGGUUUGCCUACAAACAGCAUCGCAUUUUUGGGUCCUUUUCGGGAAAGAAAGCGGAGAAGGCUGAGAAGGCUGAGAAGGCCAGUAAGGUUGACAUGACAGCCGCUGGCUCCUGCGCCAAGGCGGAUGUGAGUGAAGAGGCUGAAAAUCAAAAGACGCAACAUGCGAUCCUGACGGUUUUGGUGCUGUUUAUCCUCUUCAAUGCGGCGUGGAAGUGGUCAUGA